UGACACUAAUAUUUCUUGACAUAUGAAAUUAUACUGUUGACUUUACUGCCUUUAUGUGGGGUUCCACACAUGACGCAAUUGCUGUUUAUGUGACCUGAUGACGUAAUAAUCAGCUCAUACCUUUACAUCUGUGUCAGUAUAGUACAAUAAAACCCCCUAAGUGAUGUUUGGGCUCGUGAUGUCCUGCGUCACCCUGUGCACUCGACGAGCUGGAAACCAAAAGCACAAUGUUAAGUUUCGUUUUUCCAGAGUAACAACAGCUGAUACCUGCGACAUUAUAAAAACAGGAACUGUCUCUCCGGAGCGACACUUUAAAGAAGACAAACGUCGCUUGGCCUCAUCCAGCAGAAACUCACCAGACAUCUCACACAGCAGGCAUCAUGAGCAGAUCUACAGACUGGGUUCCUUCCCUGUGGAUGGACACAUUUGAAGAACUGCUGUACGAUGACAACGAGUUGGACUAUGGAGACCAGUGGACUCUGAACUUUAACUACAACCAGACAGAUAAAGUCACUAAGGAGGAGAGGAAGAGGGGCUGGAAGGUCUACAGCCACUGUGCAUAUGGAGACUUCCAGUGUGGCUCGUGCGGUAAGACCUGGCCUUCAGCACGGGUGGUGGUGUUGUUCCGCUACCGGCUGCGGGGCGAGAGGGGGACAGUGAUCAUGCGACCCUUUGGACAGGCCUGUCGCCGCUGCCGAGACGAUGAGUUUGAUCUCCCUGGUUUUGCCAAGAAAGAGGUGGAGCACGCCCUCCUCAGGCUGUUCAGCAAAAUCAGGAAGAAUAUCUACGGAGAUGAAGACGAUGAUGAUGAUAACGGCUCAUCAACAUGCUCCACCAAGGUGUACACCAGACCGCAUGAGGCUUCCCUGUGUCAGGCCUGCAUCAUGGGCAUUUGCUGUCAGGAUGAGGACUAGAAGUGUGUGUGUGUGUGUGUGUGUGUGUGUGUGUGUGUGUGUGUGUGUGGAGGAUACUGACAGUGAAAGGUUGUAUGCUGGUUGGCAGUCUGCACAUGUUCUUUGUUCCCAAUAUUUUAAAGUUUAUUCAUAGUGCCAUUAAGUUGUGUCGUAAACUUGAUACACAGUCAGGACCAAUGAUGCCACUGUUAAAGUAAAUCUUUCAAUUUGUACCUAUAUAUUUUUGUUUAUAAUGAAAUAAAGUCUUAAGGCUGUCUA